AUGUCAUUGAUUAAAAAAUCGACCAAAAUCGUUAUUACUGGGACCUCAUCAAAUUUAGGUUUCAACAUAGCAGUUCGUUUAUUAGAGCAAUUACCAAAUGAUAAAGAAAUAACAUUAAUUGUGACAUCAAGAACAUUACCAAAAGUCAAAGAAUCGAUAAAUGAUAUUAAAAAAUAUAUAAUUGAAAAGAUACCUUUAAAAUUAAAAUUAAUUGAAUUUGAUUAUUUGUUGGUGGAUUUUACUGAUAUGAUAUCUAUCUUAUCUGCAUAUUACGAAUUGAACAAAAGAUACAAGCAUAUUGAUUAUUUAUUUAUUAAUGCAGCACAAGGAGUUUAUGGAGGUAUAGAUUGGAAACAAGCCACUAUUGAAGUAUUAUCUAAUCCUAUUGAAGCAGUUACAAACCCCACGUACAAGUUACAAAGAACUGGAGUACAAUCAAAUGAUAAUUUAGGUUUGGUUUUCCAAGCUAAUGUAUUUGGUCCUUAUUACUUUAUACAUAAAAUUAAACAUUUGUUACAAAAUGGUGGGAAAAUUAUAUGGAUUGGUUCAUUAAUGUCAGAUCCUAAAUAUCUUUCGUUUAAUGAUUUACAAUUGUUAAGAUCUCCAGAAAGUUAUGAAGGUUCGAAAAGAUUAGUUGAUUUAUUACAUUUUGGAACUUAUAAAACUUUAGAAAAUCAAUAUGGAAUUUAUCAAUAUUUAGUACAUCCUGGGAUAUUUAUAAGUUUUUCAUUCUUCCAAUUUUUGAACAUUUUCACUUACUAUGGAAUGUUGAGUUUAUUUUAUAUUGCAAGAUUCUUGGGUUCACCAUAUCAUAAUAUUUCUGGUUAUAUAGCUGCUAAUGCACCAAUUCAAGCAGCAAUGGGGAAUGUGAAACAAUCAUCAAAAGCUGGAUCGGCAUGUGAUAGAUCAGGUAAAGAAUAUCUAAAAUAUGAAGAAGUUGAUACUACAGGUUCAGAAGAUGUAGUGAAAUAUUUUAAUGAUUUGGUGGAAGAAUGGGAUUAUAAAUUAAAGGAUCAAAUAGUAAAUACUCGAGUACCUAACUAA